AUGUAUAGACUAUCACUCGUUUUGGUUUGCGUUUACAUCGCUGUUUCAGUAAUGCUGUUGACUUGCCCUCGAGAUACUGAAGCUGCUGCUCCAUUACCCCCCGGAAAGAGAUCACAGGUAAAAGUAAUAAAUUUACUUUAAUAAAAAUGAAAAGAAAUUAAGGAGUCAAGUUUCUUAGCCAUACCUAUAGUAGGAAUUAAGAUCCGCAUGUUUGACUGUGAAAAUCUUCAGUUGAAAGUUAUCACGGGCUGAGGUCUUUAAAAACUGAACUUGGUAUUGUUUUGAUAACUUUUUGGUGUUUAAUUUCUGUAUUAUGAUGGGGAAACAAUCUUUUGCAACGAGAAUACAUUGGAAACUUAGGACAUUAUCAUUAUAAAAAGAUUCGUAAAACGUGCCAAAGUGUAGGAUGGAGAACAUCUCGGUGUCUGUCCAGGUCAAAAAGAAAAAAUAAAUGAAGGAGAUAAAUGCUAAGCGAUUUAAACAACCUUCGAAAUUAUAAAUUACAAGAAAUUGGUAAAAGAAACCAUAUUAGAAACUUGCCUUUAAAAUGUGUUUAAAUGUUGGAAGUCUUUUUGAAUGAUUAGGAGGUUUAUUUCUCUGAAACGGAUUUUUAGUCACCUACUUUCACUUACGUGUAAUGCUGUUGUUGGAGUAAAAUGCAUAAAAAAAAAAGAAUGAAAAAAAUGGCGAAAUAGUUCAAAUAUUAAUUAGCAUUUAGAUUUUCUCGUCAUCUCAGCCGAUCUAAAAGUUUCAGUAGUUUAGGCUGAUUUGAAACAAUUUAUGAGCGGCAUUUGACUUUUAAUUAUUUCUUUGACUUUAUGACUCCACUAGUGCAAUUAGUUGUGUUUAAUAGCAUGUUUAUGUCUGUGUUCAGGUGUUUCGUUACAAGAAAAGCAUCUGUCAGGCGGCCAGAGCGCUGAGGUGUGACAGUGAAGAAAAUCCGAUGAGACGAGACCUAGAGCAGAUGACAUUUGAUGGUGUCACUGAUAAAUUGCGAGGCCCUUUACACUAAUUAUUAUGUCAUGAACCAGACUAAGUCUUUGAGUCAAAUAUUUAAAUUAGUUUUACGCCAAUAAAACAAGAACUCAUUGGG